CCCAUUUUACGUCAGGGAGGGAAGUCAGUGUAUUUCCUCCCCUUCUUUAUCUAAAGGAAGUGCCAAAAUAAGCAUCAGCAGUGGAGCACCCGAGCUCGGACACCUUUUCCACUGGCCACUCGGUUGGAGUCUGAGAAAGAAGUCAGAGGAGUUCACAGCCGCAGACUCAACAUGAAGACAAUCAGGGUUCUUGUCCUCCUUCUGCUUGCAUCUGUCCACGUCUUCACACCAGUUGCAUCAGAUGAAACUGAACAAACACAGGACCCAUCAGGAGUAACAGCAAAACCAAUACCAGCAACUGAACCAAAAACAGAAACUGCAACAACCCCAAAGGCAGAACCAUCAACAUCCCCAAAAGCAGCACCAUCGACAUCCCCAAAAGCAGCACCAUCGACAACCACAGAAGAAGCGCCAUCGACAACCACAGAAGCACCAAAACCUACUGUCGUUGUUCCUGAUAGUGUCAACAACACAUCUACUAAGAAUGCAACUUCGCGUCCAGCUGUACCAAUUACUACAUCAGCAGAAGGCCACAAGAAUAUGGUCACCUCACCGCCAGGAAUUGAGUCUACAUCCAGUAAAACUUUGGGAAAUAAAACUUUGCAAACAAGAUCUCAUGGGAACCAUUCUCAUAACGUGACAAACAUUGAGACUCCAGGACCUGAUGACAGUACUGAAAAACCCCAAACAAACAAAGGUGCAACUAGUCCUGCCUCCCCAGGGAUGACAAAACCCUCAGGUGGAAAGCCUGGAAAUAACAUGACUGGUUCCCAGACUGGCAGUGAUGAGGAAGUACCCCCCAAAUCAGACAAAAGGCUGUGGUGGAUUCUGUUGCCUGUCCUCCUGGUUGUAGCUGCUGCGAUGAUUGUCCUCAGGUUCAAAUGCAAGAAGAUCCACGAUCACACAGAAACCAUCGAUACUGGAACUGAGAACGCGUCUUUUCAGAGCAGACCUGAAAGCACCAAAGAUGGUGUCAUGCUCCUCGGCGUGAAGUCGUCAGGCGGAGAAGAAAAUGCUGCUGCAAGAUAAAAAAGAAGGACUGAAACAUCAAGAUCAGCCAGCGGAUGAGUCACACCUGUCGCCCACACGCUGAUGGUCUGGAGGAGCUGUUUAGAUGUUUGAUUUCUUUUUUGUGAAACAUUUUGUGAGGCCAGGAACAGCAGGUUUUGUGUAUGAUUCUUCAUGUAUGAAGCAGAAAAGUGUUGGAGAGCGGGUUUAUUUUAUGUAUGAUUCUGUAUGCUGAAACCAGUAUUAUAAAGCAGCGUGUGUGACUGUGAUCAUAUAUAAAGAAUAAAAGAACUUAACACAGUAAAUCUCUUUGAUAGCUAAAUACCGCAAGCACACAAACCAUUGCUUGUGGAAUAUAGUAAAUAAAAACGUAACCUAUACACCCUUUAUUUCAGUAUACUGUUGACCAAGACAAACCUAAAUAUAACUGCAUAGCUAAUUUCUGUCUACAUGCUGGGCCACAAGACACAUUUUCUGUACAGUACACUGACCUCAGAUCUAGCACAUAUUUGAUGUAAUGAAUCACUAUUCACGUCAUAGUUUUAUAAUUAUCUUUUUGUUUCGUUUAUCUACUGUUUUGUAGAUUAUGUUUUGUGUGUCACCAAAAAAAAAAAACUGGAACUGGCUCAUUUGAGGUGUACUCCAUUUUAACUUUCUAUGUAUUUCAUUAAAGCAUUUCUUAAAAGGAGGUAGUUAAAUAUUCCACGGGGCUUCGCACAGCGUGUCUGUGUGAGCCUUUAGCUGAACUCAAAGGUGGAUUUGCAUUAACAGUGUUUCUUUUCAGCAAAUACAACACUCAAGCUCAAGGACUAAGUAAAGCGGGCGCAGAAGGUUGUAUUUAAAGACACUGGAACUGUUUAUGGCUGGAAUUUGUAGUUCUCAGUUUCAACAAUAAAUCACUAGAAAAUCA